ACUCCACCCAGAGCUUGAAACCAGUGACAGUCACACUUCCCCUCUUCUGCAGCAGACAGCACUAGCUCCUCUAAUCCUCUUGCUUCCCCCUCCCCCAACCAUUUCUUGGGGAAUAACAAAUAUAGCUUUGGGGAUAAUAUAGCUUUAAGACGACUUUUGGCAAAUGUAAAUGUCCUAACAUCUGGGCAGUGUUACCAGAAUCCCGGAGGCCCUGACAGACCAGGAGCCACUGGUUCUAGGAAUGUUAAAGUACAAGGGCUUUUUCCCACCCCCGACUGACUGAUGAGAGGAGCAGAGAGCAAAGAAAAAGAAGAGAGAUGAACGAGACCACAAAAAUCAUAAAAUAAAAAGCAGAUGCAUGUUCCUGCUCUUUUCAAAGCUUCCAGUAGAACGAUAGCUCCCUCCGAUGUCAUAUGCCUGCUUCCUCUCACUUUUGGGAGUUCAUAGCUGGUUCUGCUCUGAAAGUCAUUCCCCUUUAUCCUGGUACUUCUGGCCACAUAGCCCUAGUCUUGUCUUCUGAAGCUUCCCUGUCGACGAUGAUGACCAGUCCACUGACUCAGAGAGGUGCUCUCUCACUGCUGCUCCUCCUAAUGCCCGCAGUGACACCAACAUGGUACGCAGGCUCAGGUUACUCUCCAGAUGAAAGCUACAAUGAAGUAUAUGCAGAAGAGGUCCCCGCUGCCCGUGCCCGUGCCCUGGACUACAGAGUCCCCCGAUGGUGUUACACAUUGAAUAUCCAGGAUGGAGAAGCCACAUGCUACUCACCAAGGGGAGGAAAUUAUCACAGUAGCCUAGGCACACGUUGUGAGCUCUCCUGUGACCGGGGCUUUCGAUUGAUUGGACGGAAGUCAGUGCAAUGUUUGCCAAGCCGGCGUUGGUCUGGAACUGCCUACUGCAGGCAGAUAAGGUGCCACACACUGCCAUUCAUCACUAGUGGCACCUAUACGUGCACCAAUGGAAUGCUGCUUGACUCCCGUUGUGACUAUAGCUGUUCUAGUGGCUACCACCUAGAAGGAGAUCGCAGCCGCAUCUGCAUGGAAGAUGGGCGAUGGAGUGGAGGCGAGCCUGUAUGUGUAGACAUAGAUCCACCCAAGAUCCGUUGUCCUCACUCUCGUGAGAAAAUGGCAGAGCCAGAGAAACUAACUGCUCGAGUAUACUGGGACCCACCCUUAGUGAAAGAUUCUGCUGAUGGUACCAUCACCAGGGUGACACUUCGGGGUCCAGAGCCUGGUUCUCACUUCCCUGAAGGAGAACAUGUGAUUCGUUAUACUGCCUAUGACCGAGCCUACAACCGGGCCAGCUGCAAAUUCAUUGUAAAAGUACAAGUGAGACGCUGUCCCAUUCUGAAGCCACCACAGCACGGCUACCUCACCUGCAGCUCAGCGGGGGACAACUAUGGUGCCAUCUGUGAAUACCACUGUGAUGGUGGUUAUGAACGCCAGGGGACCCCAUCCCGAGUCUGCCAGUCAAGUCGACAGUGGUCAGGAACACCACCUGUCUGUACUCCUAUGAAGAUUAAUGUCAAUGUUAACUCGGCUGCUGGCCUCCUGGAUCAGUUCUAUGAGAAACAGCGACUCCUCAUAGUCUCUGCUCCUGAUCCCUCCAAUCGGUACUACAAAAUGCAAAUCUCUAUGCUGCAGCAAUCCACCUGUGGACUCGACCUGCGGCAUGUGACCAUUAUUGAGCUGGUGGGACAGCCACCUCAGGAGGUGGGGCGCAUCCGGGAGCAACAACUAUCAGCAGGCAUCAUUGAGGAGCUCAGGCAAUUCCAGCGCCUCACUCGUUCCUACUUCAACAUGGUGUUAAUUGACAAGCAGGGUAUUGACCGGGAACGCUAUAUGGAACCUGUCACCCCUGAGGAAAUCUUCACAUUCAUCGAUGACUACCUGCUGAGCAAUGAGGAGCUGGCACGGAGAGUGGAGCAGAGGGACCUAUGCGAGUGACCUUGAGUCAGGGUGUGGCUGAAGCACCUGUCCUAGGGAGCUUAAACUAAGGAGGAAAUGUCGUGUCCUCCCCCCCCCACACACACACACACACACUGUUGGGAGCAGCCCUCGGGUGGGGGUGAGGUUUGCCAAAUCUAGGACAGUUCCAGGCAGCAUUUUAGGGCAGAAUAUUCAUUUCCCUAAGCAAGUCUCCACUUCGGGUAGCACUGGAGGAGCCUAUGAAACUGAGGACAUGCCCUGGGUGGUGAGUUGUAGACCGAAGGCCUUCUUCACCUGCCUGGAGCCUCUCUCUCUAGACUCUUCCCAAAGCCUUUCAGAUAAGUAAAUACCAAAUUCAUUCCUUUACGGUGUUGUAAAUGGUUCCUCUACCCUACAAUAACAGCAGGGGGCAGCAUUGCAACAGACAAACAAGACACUUUGACCAAGUAUAAAUAGAUUUCCCUCACAGUUAGUUAUGUGAGGAACAGGAGAGAGGAGACUAGGAUCUACAAAACAUUCUUGAAGCUGCUCGUCAUCCUCUAGGAUGCUGGCCUUAAAAACAAUGUUGCUUGAGCCAUUUCUUCAUCAAGAGUUAGAAAAACAUUUUCUCCAGGGGGAGUUUGGGAAGCAACGUCUAGCCAUAGCUGGCUGUUCCCUCCUAGAUGCUCCAACUAGCUUGUAGGCAAGAACUUCUAAUAACUGAGGUGUUUAGUACCCUGGUGACAGCUCUUCCUUAGAGGAUUCUGCAGUCUGUGAACAACAUUACCUCUAAGAAUUAGGGAGAUGGCUCCGUUGGUGAAGUGCUUGCUAUCAAGCACUGAGACCCGAGUGAUUCCCAGAACCCAUGUAAAAUAGCCAGAUGUGGUGGUGUGCACUUGGAAUCCCAGCAGAGAGGUAGACAUAAACAGAUCUGUGGGGAUCACUGCUUAGCAAGCCAAGUCUAAUGAUGAGUACCAGGUCAUGUAAGAAACACUAUCUCAAAAACCAUGGUAAAUGGC